AUGAUUGCCUCUCGCCUUCUGUUGUCGCUUCUUCUCUCUCUUUCCGGUGUCUUGGGCCAACGUUGCCAAUGGUCCCAUCUACGUCAAUCUUCCGACCGCUACUCGGAGCUUCAAACCAGCCCCCAGCAUACCCCCUCACCAUCUGACCCCCUCUUCUUCCCCGCCCCGAAGCCCUACCCAUUCUACAACAACGCCAUCCUCACCCCCCUCAACCAAACCAUCCUCGCAACCACUCAAGUCCGCCCUUUACACACCCAUUCCAUCAUCGACCAAGAGGGCUGCUCAAGCUACACCCGUCUAAUCACCAACGACGCCAUCUUGGCAGUGCAGAUAUUCUACGAAUCCGCCACCAACACCGGGGGAGUGCCCCUCAGAGUUAAGGAGAUUCACACUGUGUACUUCCUUGCUCCGGGGAACAGUACCGAAAAAAUUCAGGCCAAUGUGAAGAGAGAAACGUGGCCGAGUUUCAGCAGGUCGGAUCAAGAUGCAAGAUCGACCUUGAAGGGGGUAUUUGAUGCGUAUUUGGAUGCGAAUGGCCCUGUCGCGUGGGCGGGCAGCUGUUCGAUGCUUGAUUCUGGAAAGGGUGGUGAUCUCAGAGCUGGGCAGGGAGAUCAGUGUGCGGAGCUGAGGCUGCAAUUGAAAGAAGGUCAAAAGAUAGAGCAGAGAAUGUAUGUGAUUGACGAGUCUCUUGGCGCGGUGACUGUGUCGGGGGUGGUGGGGGGAAAGGUGGCAGGGUUUGAGGGGAGGGUCGUGAAGGGGAAGUUGGAGUAUGUGCACCAGUUUGGUGACUACUGCUCCUGA